CUAUCUUAACCCUUCUUCGUCUUAUUACGAUCCGGUUGGGUGAAACGGAACACCCGAAGUCCAGAAAAAUAUAUCCACCCGUACCAUAAAACCUUGAUCGCUAGACUGGAAUUACCACUCUAGGGUUUUGGGCUUAUAUUUACCUGAAAAUCUAAACCCGCCUGCUGCCCAUCACGGCACUCUGCAAUGGCAAUCAAAGGCAAAUCCAGCGGCGGCGGCAGCAGCAGCGACCGCUCCAUUAUUAAUCGUGUCUCGGAGUCUUCAAUAGUCCGCAAAGGAAAGAGCGCCGCUUCUGACGCCGCAUACGUAAGCAAGCGUUUGGCCAAGAGUACCGGCAAGGCGGCGUGGAUCGCCGCCACCACUCUUCUUAUCAUCGCCGUCCCACUCAUCAUUGUAAUGGACCGGGAGCAGCAGCUCAACGAACUCGAUCUCCAGCAGGCCAGUCUCUUCGGCACUUCUCAACCUCCCUCUGUUGGCCCACCUCAAAAGUAAUCGGAUCUUACACUGUUAGUUUUGGUCUUUCCGGAAUUUAGAGUGCAUUUUCUUUUGUGGAAGGGUUUUAAUGUUUACGGAGUAUGAGGUAUUUCUGAUUGAUCGAUCAUAAUGUUGAAAAUUGAUAUGCUUACAUUAUCGACAAUUACUUGACUUUUCGUGUGUUAGUUCUUUGAGCCGUUCCUGCACCCUUCUUAUUUUCCUGACAUUUUUUAUUUCAGAUUCUAUUUCUUCAUUUUUUUUCUGGAAGGAAAAAUAAAAUAAAAGAGAGAACCCCA